CCUUCGUUUUCUGCCAUACAUCUAAAGAUAGAACGCAAAAGUAAAGAAAAGCCAUUAAGAAGCUCACAUUACCAUUUUCCCACUUUCCUUUGAGAAAACAGAACAAACGAAAAAGAAAGAAACCAGAAAAGAAUGGCACUGAGAAUGUGGGCUUCCUCUACAGCAAACGCUCUCAAGCUCUCUUCUUCUGCCUCCAAAUCUCAUCUCCUUCCAGCUUUCUCCAUCUCCAGAUGCUUCUCCUCAGUGUUGGAAGGACUUAAGUAUGCAAAUUCACAUGAGUGGGUGAAACAUGAAGGCUCUGUGGCUACCAUUGGCAUUACUGACCAUGCCCAGGGCCAUUUAGGAGAAGUUGUGUUUGUGGAGCUGCCAGAAGAAAAAAGUGCAGUGAGCAAAGAAAAAAACUUUGGAGCUGUGGAGAGUGUGAAGGCCACAAGUGAGAUUCUAUCUCCAAUCUCUGGGGAAGUCAUUGAGGUUAACACAAAGCUCACCGAUUCACCUGGUUUGAUCAACUCAAGCCCUUAUGAAGAUGGUUGGAUGAUAAAGGUGAAACCAAGCAACCCCGCAGAGUUGGAAUCCUUGAUGGGUCCAAAGGAGUACACCAAGUUCUGCGAAGAGGAAGACGCUGCUCACUAGAGAGUUGAAUGUCCUGAACAAAAGAGCAAAACAAGAGAAUCCAUGCUAAAGUUUCAAUCUUUCACUUCUGAUGUUUCUUACUUCUAUCAGCUUGUAUCUCUGUGAUACUAAUUUGGUUUAAAGAUCAUUCAAUGAGACUCAAGAGAGCUUUAAAUAAUAAGACAUGUCUUAAGUCUAGAA